CUGGUCACGUGAACCGCCAAGAUGGCGGCCCUGGGGCGGGAGGCCAGGGCUGACCCGAGGGAAGCAGGUGUGGUGCCGGUGGGAACUGGGGAAGUGCCCAAGAUAUUUUAAAGAAGAACAUAGGACUGGCUUGAGUACAGUUUGCAAUGGCACAGGGAAAGAAACUGGCCCAUUAUUGCUCAUUAUGUAAUCUGUAGAAGGUUCAGAGGUGUCCAUACCUUCAGGAAGCUGAUGCCGUGGAUGAAUUGGCCUUUCACAGAGUCAGGACUGGACAUCAAGAUGGCAACAAACACACGUGAUCAGCCCAGUCUUUCUCCAGGAGAUGCAAAACUCAAAAGAUCAACAGUCAUUGAAAUGAUAGAAAAAAAAAUUGAUAAUCUUAGAAAAGAAAAAGAUUUAUAUACACAUGGAACAGUGUUCUUUGGCACAACAGCUGGUUUCUCUGGAAUGUUGGCAAACUUUAUUUUCAGACACUGCUUCAAGGUUAAACAGGAUGCUUUGAAAACGUAUGCAUCAUUGACUACACUUCCAUUUUUGUCUACUAUAGUUUCUUACAAGCUCCUUGUAACAGAUGCUUUAUAUUCAGGUAAUAUAAGCAAGGAAAAUUGUGUUCUGAGAAGUUCACUGAUUGGCAUAGUGUGUGGUUUUUUGUAUCCCAGUGCUUUGGCUUUUUCUAAAAAUGGACAUCUGGCAGUCAAGUAUCAUACUGUUCCACUGCCACCAAAAGGAAGGGUUUUACUUUAUUGGCUGCUGCUUUGUCAAUCAGAGAUAAAAGCAAUGGUAAUUCCUCUAGUCUUUCAGACCACCUUUGGAAUAUUUAAUGGUCUACAGCAUUAUGCAAUAUUUGAAAGUACACUUGAGAAAAGUGUACUUGAAGAUUAACCAAAGAAUGAAUGAAUACAGAAUGGAUUUUUUUUAUGAUCAGGACUCAGAUAUUGAUGGAAGUUAAAAGUAGCUCUAAACAAUUUGUUUUUGUUCCUUUUACAUAGCAUGUAGCAGUUACUCAAUAAAUACUGAGUAAUUAAA